AUGGAAGAAGGAGAAAUUCCAAAUGGUGAUGGUUAAAAAAAUGGAAUUUUAGAGGAAGGUGAACGGACUCCAGAAUGGGAUUAAGAGAGAUCACUAUCAAAACAUAGGAAAGCAAAAAUAAAAAAAAAUAAAAAAAGAAGUAGAAGUAAGGAAAAAGAGAGGGAUAAAAAAAAUAAAAAAAAGCAUAAAAAAGAUUCAAAUAGAAAAGAAAAGAAAGAAGAUAGAAAAAUUAUAUAUUAACAAUAAAAAUCAAGGUAACCUUUAGAAGAAUAGAAACAAGAAUAGAGUAUUGGAAAUUAAUAAUAAUAAUAAGAGGGUAUAAUUAUACAAGUGGAUAAUGAUGAAAAUGUAAAAGAAUUGGAUAUUGAAGAUGAAGAGGCUGUAUUUUUAAGAAGAAGACAGAUGAGAGAAGAAUUAUUUAAAUAAUUAGAAUAGGAGAUUUAAGUUUCACCUGAUAAAGAGAAUAAUUAAGGAUUUAUGUUUGAUCAACCACAAUAAUAGAUUGAUGAAAAUAAAUAGAGUUACUUUCGUAUGCUUGAUUAAUAAAGGAAUUGUAAUUAUUGAUUUAAUUUAAGUAAACAAUUAAGAGGAACAAUAAUAAUAAUAAACAGGAUAGCCAUAAAAAAAAAUCAUUUUAGAUAUGUUUGAUGAAUUAGAUGAUGAAUUAGAAAAUGAUGAUUUAAAUAUGAUGGUGAGACAUAACACAAAUGCAUCAUAUGAGGCUGAUGAUGAUAAAUAUUAUAGAAUUACCAUUGGUGAAAUGAUUAAGGACUACAAGAUAAUUAAUAAAUGUGGUAAAGGAGUGUUUGGAAAUGUGUGCAAAGCUAUUAAAGAUGGAUAAGAAUAUGCAAUCAAAUUUAUUAGGGCUGAAGAUAUAUACAUUAGAUCUGGUGAAAGAGAAAGACAAAUCUUAAAAUAAUUAAAUGAAGCUGAUUCAAAUAAUAAAAAGCAUAUUCUUAGAUUAAUUGAAAGUUUUGAACAUAGAAAACAUCUAUGUUUAGUAUUUGAAUCAUUAGACUUAAAUCUUCGAGAUGCAUUAAAAGUAUAUACAAAAGGAUAAGGAUUAGAUUUACCAGCAAUUAGAUCUUAUGCUAUGUAGUUAUUUGUUGCUUUAGCUCAUCUCAGAAAACACAAAAUUAUACAUGCUGAUAUUAAACCAGAUAAUAUAUUAAUAUCAGCUGAUACAAAAUUAUUGAAACUCUGUGAUUUUGGUACUGCUUUCACUGUUGAUGAAGUAACAGUAGUAGAGUAUCUUGUAAGUAGAUAUUAUAGAGCACCUGAAAUUAUUAUUGGAUACCCUUAUGAUACUAAUAUUGAUGUAUGGGCUACAGCAUGUACAUUAUAUGAGUUGUUUACAGGAUAAUUCUUGUUUUCAGGAGACAAUAAUAAUGAUAUGUUGAAAUUACAUUUAUAAACAAUGGGAAAAUUUUCAAUGAAAAUGUUGAGACGAUCUGCAUUAACUUCAAAAUAUUUUGAUUAACAUCUUAAUUUUAAGAGUAGAGAAAUUGAUCCUAUCACAAAAUAAGUUAUUUUAAAACCAGUGUUAUUGGGGGAGAAACCUACAAGAACUAUUGGAACUCUUUUAAAGAAUAAAGAAUAAGGUUUAAAUGCUGAAGAUUAAAAAAUGCUUUUGUAAUUCAAAGAUUUAUUAGAAAAAUGUUUGUAAUUAGAUCCAAAAAAUAGAAUAACACCUGAAGAUGCUCUUUAUCAUCCAUUUAUUAAUGUAGCCAUGGCAAAUUCUUAAAGUAAAAAAGUUUGA